CUUUUGGACUGAAAGCAUCUUUCUUUACUCUCCGUUUCAUGUGAGUCUUCAUAAGAACGUUCCAGAACAUAUUACUGUGUCAUAUCCUAGUCAAAUGCAUCUUGCAUCUACUGUUGCUCCUCCUUAUGUGGAACUCAUCUGCUCAUCUCGCCUCAAGCUAGACAAGAAAAACAUAUUAUACAUCAAUGCAAAACAAAUAUGAAAACAAUCCCAAAAAGUUCUGGCAGACAAUUAACUUGCUCCUCCACCCAGAUAAAGCCACAACCCCAGAACCAACAACCAGUAACCAAAGCGCUUUUGCUAAUCCAGAAGAUGCUAUGAGGCAUGGAGGUUUACAGUACCACAGAGAUGAUGCAACAGUGGAAAGAUACAGAAGGGCCCAUCGCAAUGACAUGGAGAAUAUUUUUCCUUUUCUCUUCCUCGGUGCCAUCUACUCUCUCCUGGGACCAAAUCUUUUGUUGGCACGAAUACAUUUUUUGGUGUUCUUCAUCUUCCGGAUUGUACACACUGUAGCUUAUCUGUUUGCCCUACGAGCACCAAUACGAUCUGUUGCUUAUAGUAUCGCCCAGUUGCCCUGCUUCUCCAUGGCACUUCAGAUCCUCACGGCUGUAAUUAACUAUUGCUGAAAAAAAUAACUGAAUAUUUUAGCGUAAAUAAUCAAUUUACCAGAAGUUUCAUACCAUGACAGUAUUCAAAGUAAUAUUUUAUUAUAUUACUCCAUUCAGUUCACCCUUACAUCAAUGAUAUUGAGUUGUACACAAGCCUCUUGCUGUUAAUAGCAAAGCUGACUGAUGUAGUGCAUUUCGCUAGCCGUCAAAUCUAAAAGUUUACUUUUGUGAGUUACCUUUUGAUGAGUGAUUUUUUAAGUAAGAAAUUCCAUGAAAAAAUGUGUCAGUUUCAAUUACCCCUGAAUAUGAAGGACUGGCAGUGUAAUGUAGCACCACAAGCAUCAAAACUACCUACAAGCUCCAUAAAGGAAAACAUUCUUUUCAAACACUGCACACUAAAGUUACCACCUUUAUGACAACAACAGCUGAAAGCAUGUGCCAAGCUACCACAAGCACACUAGUUUUGAUACAGGUAUAUUUAGCUUAUGGAGAAUGUUGACGGGUCUUUCCCCUUAACAUUUCUUUGUGUCUGCAAGGUCAUUUAUAGUAACUGUUUUGCUAUAAAUAGUUUUUUUUAAUUAAUUAUUUGUAUUAAAAGUCACUUUGCAGAACUGUAAACAGGUAUUGUAAAGCUCUUAAGUAAUGGCAAGCAAUAGCUUGGGAACAAAGUAAAUGAUGCACAAAAGAAUUUGUACAAAAAUAGAACAAUGUGUGUCAUCAACAGUACUGUGUUAUUGUGCUCUUUACCAUUCUGUAUCUUGUUUUUUUUCACAGAAUCUGUAUGUAUGCUCUUGCACUAAUGCAGGCUGAUCAUUCUGUCCUUCCUUUUUCUUACAACCAAAAUAUCUCUACCCUUACUAAAUUCUAGCAUCCAAACUAUCCCUUCUACCAUGGAAUUCCAGUUUCUCUCUACCUAGCUCAAGCUCACUACAGCUUCUAUCUUUAUCUAACUAUCUCAAGCUUCCUACAGUUUCAUCACAUUCCCUCCUUCUUGUACUUCAACUUAAUAUUGCCUUAGCUGUCACUGUUUAGAGUAAGUAACUAGCGUAGCAACAAUCAGCCAUAUUUUUGCUCAUAUACCAUACAUGUAUCUCAUAAAUAUUUGCCGCCAUGAUAUUGAUCUAUUGAUCAGUCAUUUCUGUAUGAUGGGACAAGCUAUUUCAUGCUAGUUUUUUUAUAGUUAGCUUUCUUUUUUUCCACUUUAUAUUAUUCUCUAAAUUUUUAUUAUUUAUGUAUAAACUGUUUACAACCUAUAUUUACCAAAAUUAUGUAUUUUUGAUUGUUAUCGAUUUCUUGUAUUGUUUUUAAUGUGUUUUUGUAAUGGAGCUUUUCUCUCCGGGCCUCUGGUGAAAAAGAGCCAUUGGCCCAGUCAGACAUCCCCGGUAAACAAAUGUAAAAUAAAUAAAUAAAUAAAAUGUAAGCUAAUUAUGAGUGCCUGCUUGCACAGCAGACUGUCUUUACUUGCAAUAAAGGACAUGAAGGUGUUGAAGAAUACCACUGCUGCACACACAGCUGCAGUUUGGUGACUGGAAUAAGGCCACUCAUUACCAAAAAAAGCACAACAAUUUAUCUGGCUACUAUUAGCAAUAAGGAACCUUGAUUUAGCUUUUUUCUGGUCACUACAUGUUUUAGUCGACUGUGCAGUGUGAUAGCAUCAUGGUAUGCUGGAAACACAGGAAGGUUUAUCCCUUUUUUGAAAGUAACUGUGCUUUACUUUGUCAUUGCUACAUUUUCAAGUAAACUGAUAUCAUAUUAAAUGCAUAUUUACCGUGUACAUAUGAUUUAUAUUAUUGACCCAGUUUACACUUGUUUGAAUCAUAUUGUAUGCUACAUUAAAAUCUCUCAUAAAUA